GCCCUUUUUUCCUUCCAUUUUGCACCCAUUUUUCGACGCGCGGUGCAUAGAAAAUACAUUUUCACUUUUUUAAUCUGAACAUUCAACUUCCACUACUAUCCACCCAAUAUCUGAAUUAACCCCAUUAUGGAGAUCGAUGACAUUCUCCAAGAGUUUGAGAACUCGGCCAGAGCUUCCUCUCGCGUGACAAAGCCGCACCAGACAGAUUUGUAUGCCCAACUAGUCACGGCAAUGGUCAAUGAAAGAAUGGCACCAGACGUGUUACCCUAUCAGGGACAACUAUUGUCACAGGUCCUCGACCUCUUAUCACAACAACAACAAUACCUCUUGGACUCACAUGAGUACGGUGACUCCAAUGCCGGAUCUGGGGUCAUUUCGAGUGAUUUCAAGCUACAACUAAUGAUUGUCGAGACUGAGGUUGAACGGUUAAAUUACUUGGUACGUCUGUACCUCAGGGUCCGUCUCGCCAAGUUAGACAAGUUUAAUAUUUUCUACAUUAAUAAGGCAGCUUCCACUGCGUCUACUGAUGGGUCUGCCGACCAGCUUCUCUCGCCAGGAGAAGUCGACUACAUUCAUAAACACUUUAAGAUUUUGACUCAGCUCUAUAACGCGUGUUUCCUCAAAAAAAUGCCACACUUCUUGACCCUUUUGGAUGACACUAGUGGAGGUCAACUGAUGGUAUCUGAACCAGAUAUCCAUCAUCCUGUCUUCAUCAAGGUAAUCACGAAAUUUCCUAUUAGCGUACGAGUGGAUGCUGAGGAAGUGUUGGAGUUGGAACGUGAUGGUAUUUACGUUGUCAAGUACUCACUUGUUCGCAAAUAUGUUGAGAUUGGUGAUGUUCAAUUAAUCUAGAGAGUAUUGAUCUUGGGGAAAAGUGAGGUCUGUAUAGUGGGACCUUCGUAUAAUACUCUGUGUUCUAUCAAAUAUCCCAUGGUAUCAUGUCUAGCUAACUCCCUACUCUUAAUUGUUUUAACUUGGCCUAUAUGGGGUAUUUUAUU